AUGUCUACAAUAGAUGCUCCUCGUCACACCCGUCCAUCAAAUGCAACUGCCCGGCCUGGUCAGAUAGUGCUUAACGCACAGGUCAAGAGACAUACCAAGGCACAAAAGAAUGCCGCUGACCUUGCCCUCAAGGAAGCCAAAGAAUUAAAGGAGGCACAGGCUGACAAGGGACUGAAGCACCUGGCUGGUAUGCAGAAUGAGAUGGAGAAAGCACAGGAGGAUUUACUCAUGAAAAAAGCGAUCCCUGUUGUGCCCAAGCCAAGGGCUCGUAAGGCUAUAAAGCCUGCAGUAAGGAGUAGUGACAAUCAUACUGAUAGCAUGGUGGAGGCUGAUGAAGCUGAUGACCUCCAGGAGACUGUUGAGCAGAUGGACAGUGAAACUGCAGGAGUGACGAAGAAGAAGGUAAUGAAGAAAGGUGGAAAGACGCUGAUAAAGGAUGCCAUCAGCAACAUGCAAAAGAAGAUCAACGAAGCGCCAUCAAAAAGGGAAAGUGACAACACUGACGGCAUGGCACGUGUAUCUGAUGGGAAAGACUCAGUGCUUUUCAAUGCAACCGCUCAGAAAUUCGCAUUGGGUGGCCGGGUCACCAACUGGGUUUCCAAUGUUAAGCCGCUGGGAAAAUUAGAACAUCCAAAGCCACUACCAUCUGCAUCAAGUAUUACUCGAGCGCCUCCGACCUCCAUUUUCUCACAAGGCACUGCUUCUACGGCAGCAACUUCUGAUGCGCAGGUCCUGAUUCAGAAGCCUGUGUUUGCAGAUGCCAUCGAUGAUACCCUGGAGCAUGAGGCCACUAUUGUGAAAAGCAAGGGAAAAUCGAAGGUAGCCUCAAUAUUUGAAGAUAAUGCGGACUUUGAGCCAAAGGCAACUUCCACAUCAGUACCAUCAGGAGCAUAUGACUUGGAUGAAGAUUCGGCGACUUCAUUUGCAGAGCAGGAACAGUACUCACUGGAGCCCAAGCCUCCAUUCACACAAAUCGACACUCUCCGGGCCCUCAAGCAGAAAACUCUGGUGGAUGACGCCUUAGAUGAUGAGGAGGAGGCAUCUGUGGUGUCUGACUGGUCCAUGGACAUUGAUGGUCCCGCUUUUGAGGACCCGAUUAUGGUUUCUGAUGAAGAGUCUCAGCCCGAACCUGUGGUACUAAAGAAGAAGAUUCAGCGCACAACAUCUUUGACGUCUGUAUCUGUUGCUUCUACUGCUGACAGCAAGCUGCCUGCUCUAAAAAAGGCCAAGGCCGAGUCAUCCGUUACACAUGCCCACAACACUCCUGCUGUCAAACGCCAGUUGAACGUGGACACUGCACCAGAGCGAAUGAAAUCUCGUAGCACCUAUCAUAACGUUGACUUACCUGCUAUGAUGCAGGUAGAUCAGUGCUGGACAAAGAAGUAUCUCCCUACUGUCAUGUUGUGGGCUGGGAGUUAUGGUGAUAUCUGGAACAUCCCAGAUGACGUCCUUCUCCUUCAUGCUCAGCUCAUUUUUAACGCGGUAUACAAGGAACUUAACAUCACUAUCGUUCAUGGUGGUGUGAUACACUCCCUGGAUCCUGAUGAGCCAAAUCCCCUCACAGUGUACCAUUCUCCCUUUGUUUUGCAGUUGUUGGGUACUGUGCAUCUCAAUGCCAUCAGUGGGUAUGUGGAUGUUCCCAAACUUGACAUGCAUGCACUCGCAACACUUGGGAUGUCAGGCGUUAUUGCCCUUUCUGCUGCAGCAAUUGAACGUGCCCUCAAUAUGUUUGCAGACAAGCAUUUGAAAGUCAAGGAAGUCUUAGCGGCUGGCUCAGGUAAACUCGCUAUCAAGCUACCGAAAAUCCUCAACAAAACCACCGGCAAAAUGACCAAUGCCCCAUUCUUAUUUUCAGGGGCUUGCUGGACUAAAGUGACUAACUCGUUCAUCAAGUCUAUCUCGAACAAGCCUGCUGGAUACAUAGAGACUACGAUACAGAUGGCGCGUGCCUGUACUAUGUCGAACGACGCGAUGGAUCCAGCACAGGGCUCAUUUGAUGAUGAGGAGUCCGAGGACGAUGAAAUUUUUCUAUUUGUUGUGUCUGCAUGA